GUCAAAUCAAGGAAGCAGCAACAGCAGAAGCAGCUAUCACUAAAGCAACCAAGUCAGAUUCUUCUAGCCAAGAAUGUGCCCACCGCACCCACAACAGCAACCAGUCCUUAUUAUUUUCCCCCUGUAGUCUCUGAUUCCCAUAGCUCUCUUCCACCUCAGCCCAUAGACCCUUCCAAUUUGGCAUGGGACCCUGUCAUCACCGAGAGUCCCACAAGUGAUGUCCAAAUGCAAGACCCUCAGCUGGAGAGGCUGGAGCCCUCAGUUCCUGCUUUGUUCCCUGAUACCUAUUCCAUAGAGCAAAUCCUGGAACUGUACAGCUUUCCUGAUGAUAUCAGUAUCUCACCCACAGGCCCCAGCUAGAAGAAAAGGGUUUUUAGCAUCUUUGCUAAUGCAGCUUUAGGUCUGCUGUUUGGGCAAACCUCAUCCAGUAUGACAAGCUGAGGCCAUUCAGCCUGCAGUCUCAAAAACAGCCUGGAAUUCCAGAAUCCCUCCAGGAUAGUGAACUUUGGAUUUCUCUGA